AUGAUUCCAGCUCUGCGAUAUUACGGUCCUAAACAGCUCCGAGUCGAGUCUGUGCCUCCAGUGCUAUGUGGUCGGCGCGAAGUCCGCAUCAGGGUUGCCUACUGCGGUAUCUGUGGUUCUGAUGUCCACGAAUAUGAGCAUGGCCCAAUCUUCAUUCCGCCGGCCGGCGCACGCAACCCUCAUACGGGCCUCGAACUACCCGUGACCAUGGGUCAUGAGUUUUCCGGUACUAUCACGGAAAUCGGCUCGGGUGUCACGAACCUUUUCAUCGGCCAGAAUGUCGUCGUCGACCCGGUCGUCCAUGAUCGCCAUUAUGGACUUCCCGCAUGUGAGGCAUGCCGCAACGGUGUGUACAACGUUUGUCAACGUUCUGCAGUUUGUGGGUUGGCCCAUCCCGGCGGGGGUUUGGCACAGGAAACUGUUGUUCGGGCCAGUCUGUGCAUCCCUUUGCCAAACUCGUUGUCAUUGAAGACAGGCGCACUUGUUCAGCCCCUUACCAUCGCGUGGCACGCCAUUCGAAUUUCCGGGUUCAAAACUGGUAAUCGGGCCCUCGUGUGCGGCGCUGGCCCUGUAGGACUUGCUAUUCUUGUCCUGCUGCGUACGUGGGGUGCACGUACAAUCAUUGUCAGCGAAGUGGCCGAAGCCCGCAUUCGGCAGGCUGAAAUGUUUGGUGCCGACUUGGUCGUCAAUCCAAGUAAUGCACCGGAGAUACUCGAAACUACCAACGUAGCCGAGUUGGUACGAGCAGCCGUGGAAGAAGUGACCUCUGGGACAAUGGUAGACGUCGCUUUCAUGGCGGCCAGCCACCAAUCAGUGCUAGACGCGGCGGUCGCGUCCACAAGGAUAGGCGGGACGAUACUCAAUGCUGCUGUCCAUGCAACACCGCUCCAAAUCCAACUCAAUGACCUUACCUUCUCGGAGAAACGGCUGCUCAGCAGCAUGCGCGCCACCGAUGAAGACUGGAAGGGUGUCUUGGAGGCGCUGGACCAGGGCCUGGUACCAGAUGUGGAUGCUAUGAUUACCUCGAUUGUGCCUCUGAGCAAGGCCAUCGAUGGUGCUUUCCUCGAGUUGAUCAACAACACUUCGGCGCAUGUGAAGAUACUGGUCGAGCCAGAUCAGUAG